AUGACGUUAGCUUCCGACCUCGACGUCGUCCCGGAAGCGCUAGCACCUUCCGGCCUCACGGCGGAGAAACUUUCACUCCCAACCCUCCAAUCGAAAAUGAAGAUCGACCCAGAAGGCUACCAAACGGAACUCAGUCUCCUCUACAAUCAAUUCAAAUCCUCUCUAGAGCUCUUCCAACAACAAGCCGCCCUAAAUUUCACCUCCAUCAGUGGAAUCUCCACCGACUCCACCGUCGCAAAGGACCUCGGAGACCGAGCCAUGUUUUUGUCUCAUAUGACACCGUUUUACCCCGAACAACUCGCCAAUUUUCCUACAGAGCUCGCCGAUUUCCUCCGGUCAUCAGGCCGGUCUCUGCCAUCGGGGCUUCGCUGUCAUAUUGCCCAAGCUUUGAUUCUUCUCAUUAACCGAAAGAUUGUUGAUAUUGGGGAUACUCUUGCCUUGUUCAUGGAGCUUCAGACUUUGGGUGAUAGGGCUUUGAGAAAAUUGGCAUUCUCACAUGUUGUUCAAAGUAUUAGACGAAUGAAUCAGAAACAUAAGCACGAAGCCAAGAAUCGGACGCUUCAGAACAUUCUGUUUUCAAUGCUACAGCAAGAGGACGAAGCAAAAGCAAAACAAUCCCUUAUUACACUUUGUGAUCUUCAUCGGAGAAAGGUGUGGUUCGAUGAGAGGACAGCCAAUGCUAUAUGUACAACGUGUUUCAAUCCAUCAUCUAGGAUCAUGAUUGCUGCUCUAUCAUUUCUCCUUGAUUUUGAGAAGAUUGAAGAUGAUGAUGAUAGUGAUGUUUCAAGCGGUGAAGAUGACAUCAAUGUCAACCAGCCUCAUGUUGUCCUCAGUAAAGAGGCGGUUUAUAAGGCAAACCAUAAAGGUACAACAUCUAGCAAAAAGAAAAAGAAAGCAAAAUUGCAGCGAGUUGCACGUAGCAUGAAGAAGCAGCAACGCAUGUCAUCAGAGAAAGAUAAUUUGAGUUACUAUUCACCACUUAACCAUUUGAAAGAUGCACAGGGAUUUGCUGAGAAGCUGUUCUCUCGGCUUCAAACUUGCAAUGAGCGGUUUGAGGUUAAGAUGAUGAUGUUGAAAGUAAUUGCCAGAACUGUAGGGCUUCAUCGCCUGAUUUUAUUGAACUUCUAUCCUUUUGUUCAGAAAUAUGUUCAGGUAUGUUGAUCGUUUAAUGCAGUAAAAAUAAGUCUCUUGAGGAAGUUUGAUGACUUGAGAUGUAUUUG